AGCCCCAUACUGCGCAUGCGCAAGAGCCGCAUUGUGCAUGCGCGCACCGCGAAUGAACAGGGUGCAUGGCUGAAAUCUGCUCGCCACGGGCAAGUAGAUUGUAUUGUUUGUCGAGGCCUGAGCAUUUCCACCUCUCCAAUUCUGAUUUUCCAGUCUGGGAAGAAAGUUCCAGUGUGCCUCUUUCAGAAGAUGCCGGAGUUCCUAAAGACGUGCACGUUAUUCACCUUUCCCAGCCAUCCCUCGUUGAUGUCAGUGAAACGGCCCUUGCGAUCCAUCAGUGCCAUCAAAAAUGCCCUGCACAUAGAUUCACCCCCCACCACUCCAAUCGCAACCAACAGCUACAUCCGAGGGGUAACACACAUUCCACUGCUCACCAAAACCAUGGGGCAGUGCCUGGAGGAGACAGUCCAUCGGUUUCCAGACCGCGAGGCCCUGGUGUUCUGUCAAGAUGGGGUUCGAAAGACAUUUGCUCAAUUCAUGCAAGAUGUGGACCAGGCAGCAGCUGGACUUCUGGCUAUUGGCCUGAAGAAGGGCGACCGGCUGGGCAUGUGGGGUCCCAACAAGUAUGAAUGGGCUCUCAUGCAGUUUGCAACAGCUCAGGCAGGAAUCAUCCUGGUGUCUGUGAACCCUGCCUAUCAGGCCCAGGAGCUGGAGUUUGUGAUCAAGAAGGUUGGCUGUAAGGCCCUGGUGUUCCCCACUCAGUUUAAAACACAGAGAUAUUAUGAGAUCCUGAAGCAAGUUUGUCCUGAGCUAGAGAAAUCCAGUCCAGGGGGAAUAAAGAGCAAAAGGCUGCCAGACCUAUCAAUUGUAAUCACCUUGGACUCCAAGCUGCCUGGCACGUUCCAGAUGAGCGAGGUGCUGCAGGCUGGGGACAGCAGCCAUAUGAAGCAGUUACGAGAAGUCCAGCGGACUCUGUCCUGUGACGAGCCCAUCAACAUCCAGUUCACUUCCGGCACGACUGGGAGUCCCAAAGGGGCCACUCUCUCUCAUAGAAACGUGGUGAAUAAUGCCAAUCUGAUUGGGUUGAGGAUGAGACUCGAUCAGCGGGAGUCCCGUUCUGCCCUCCCUGUGCCCCUCUACCACUGCCUGGGCUCGGUUGGAGGCUGUAUGGUGAUGGCUCUGCAUGGCACCUCUGCUGUCUUCUCCUCCUCGAGCUUCGAGGGGAAAGCUGCGCUGGAGUCAGUGGCUCAAGAAAAAUGCUCACUUUUACUCGGCACUCCAACCAUGUUCAUAGACAUGCUCGCCCAGCCUGACUUUGACAGCUAUGACCUCUCGUCUCUCCGGGGAGGGGUCAUUGCAGGGUCCCCUGUUCCCCCUGAGAUUAUGAAGAAGAUUAUGCUCAAGAUGAAAAUGCAGGAAAUGGUGGUAGCCUAUGGGACCACAGAGAAUAGCCCUGUCACCUUCAUGGGAUUCCCAGAGGACAGCAUCUCCCAGAGAACUGAGACGGUGGGAUGCAUCUUCCCCCACACCGAGGCCAAGAUUGAGAAUCCCGAAACUGGGGAGAUCGCCCCUCUGAACAGCCCCGGGGAGCUCCACAUUCGAGGCUACUGCGUCAUGCUGGGGUACUGGGAAGAUCCCAGCAAAACCAGGGAAGUGAUCACUGAGGACAGAUGGUACAAGACUGGUGACAUGGCUGUCCUGGACGAGUAUGGCUACUGCAAAAUUGUAGGACGUUGCAAGGACAUGAUUAUCCGUGGAGGGGAGAACAUUUACCCUGCAGAAAUUGAGCAGUUUCUACACACCCACCCCAAGAUUGAGGAGGUGCAGGUGGUUGGUGUGAAGGAUGAGCGAAUGGGAGAAGAGAUCUGUGCCUGCAUCCGAGUGAAGUCUGGGCAGGAGUGCACGGCAGAGGAAAUCAAAGCAUUCUGCAAAGGGAAGAUCUCUCACUUCAAGAUCCCUCGAUACAUAGUGUUUAUGCAGAACUAUCCGCUCACCGUCUCAGGAAAGAUUCAGAAAUACAAGUUGAGAGAGCAGAUGGAGAAGCAACUCCGGGUCUGAACACAAAGAUGGAGGAUCGAAGAGAAUUGUGAAUGGACCCAUCUGGGUCAUUCUGGUGUCUCUCCAUCCACACCAAGCCAAGAACAGCAGCCGGGAGCUGAUCUCCACAAACCUGCCCCUCCCACCCAACCUGAUCAUACUUUCAAUUAAAAUAAAGACAACCGCUUGUUUUUCCAA